AUGAGCACGAUGGGAAAGAGCUCGCGAGAGACAUGGACUUCAGAGGAAGACGAGCGACUCGUGAGUCUGAGAUACCAGUAUUGGCAGCUUACAUGGAGUGAAUUCACGCAGCAGCGAGAGCAUGAGGGUGAACUGGCGGCAGGAAAGACUGAAAACGGCAGGAACGCUGCCAUGCUUGACGAGGUGUCCGUGGCAUCCGCAGCAUCAAUAGCCGCAGUACCUCAGGCACAGCCCGGACAGCUGCAACGACACAUAGAGCAGGAGACUGUAGUGCCGGCAACAUCGGCAGGACCACGCCAGUCUGUUGAGAAAAUCGGAGUAUCAUCCACCAUGUCGCCAGGACGGAAAGGCACCGACGUUACGCACCAUGUUAGUCCCAGCGUAUCAUUUCUGUCUGAGAUGGUUCCAGGACCCUCAUAUGCACAAACCAGUCCGCCUGUCACAGCUGGGAGGGUGAACUGGCAGAUAGAAGGCCAGCCUGCGCCAGACCCAGACCAUGCAAUGCAAGGACAAGCCACCUCAUCCGGCCUGUUCACUGGCUCUCCAAGAACUGUCAUUGCAGUAGAAGCAGCCGCAGGUACGCUGGAACUAGUGACACGCUCGCCUGAUCAACAUUGGCUGCCCCCCAAAUGCCCCGACUAUCCCAAGUUGCCAAACAGCAAGAGACAAUGA